GAGGGGUAAAUGGCGCGAAGGCGGAACCGCUCUAAAGUUGCCUGACUGGAUUAGAGUUUUGAACGAUUAUUCGUAGCGAGGUAGGACGGAGCUGGCAGAGAUGGCUGAUCUCACCGUAUCUCUGUCCUUACUGGUGGGAAUUGUAGUUUUUAGUGAGGUGGCGAGAAGGACUGCUUUAUAUCUAUUCCCAAAUCGUACAUGGAUCAUCUAUGUGCUGGAGUUUAUUUCCACCUUUCAGUUGUGCGCGUGCACGCACGAGUUGAAGCUGCUCGCGGAGGUGGGCAGAGUGGAGCCGCAGAUCGGACUGACCCUAACGUACUUCAUCUCGGUGGUCCACGGGCUUUCAUUCCACGGUGCGAUCUGUAACCCCACCGGCGUUCUUGAGGAGCUCUGCCGCGGGACUCUCACGCGCAGAUGCGCAUUGACACGGAUCUCAUGCCAGCUGAUCGCGGCUGUGGUGGCACGGCUCGUGAUGCCUCUCGUUUGGUCACUGACGCUCUCUGACAUGCAUGCACAGCACACACUGAUGGCCUUUAAAUGCACGAACAGCCCAAUUAAUGCCCCUCUGCUACAGGCCACCGCGGUGGAGCUGAGCUGCGCGUUUGUGAUGCACACUGCUUUAUCUAAUGUGGACAAAGUGGAGGAGAAAUAUCGGAUUCAUGCAAUAGCUGCUGUCAUCACCACCUUAGUCUAUGCGGGUGGACAUCUCACCGGAGCUGUGUUCAACCCAGCACUGGCAUUCUCCAUACAGUUCCCCUGUCCUGGAAACACUUUUGCUGAGUACAGUUUUGUGUACUGGAUGGGACCAAUACUAGGUAUGACGGGCUCUCUGCUUAUUUUUGACAAAGUGAUCCCAGCCAUUUCAGGAAAAAGCACAAUUCCAAAGCACCUGAACCCUAAUGGACUCAAGAAGAAAAAGAUGACAUGAAUUAAGACGGUUUUAGAGUACUUAGUAAUUACUCAUGCAUAAUAUAUAGAUAUACUGUGAAUAUACAGAAUAUGACACUGUUAUUUUCCAGCUCAUCUCAAAGUAAUAAUGAAUCUGGAGGGACCUUAAUGGUUUCAUUUUUAGAAGGGUUUUACUGACAUCCUUGCUUUCAAAAUGUCUUAAAUGUCAUUUUUUAAUGACAACAUACAUAUUCAAGAAGCACAGUGACUAUGUAAUGACACAUAGCUGCAGGUUUCCAGCAACAUUCAUAAAAAGCACAUGACCUGUGUGCCGAAAAGCAUUUGUGACAACUACAAACUGUUAUCUUAACAAAUGGACAUUCCUGGAAUAAGACACAUGUGAAGUGUUCUAACAGUGCUGUGUUGGGAUACUAUUUUGUGUUCUGUUCUACUAGCGAUGACUCUUACCUAGUAAUAGGUAAAUGUUAUAAUAGUAGCACUAGUAAUCUUAAGCACAGUUUUGCAGUGCCUUUGGAUUAUCCUGGGUAAAAUAACCUUGAUAAACCAGACCAGAUAGAGUGCCAUGUUUACAAGCAAAUGCAGAAUGUGAAAUAUGGCAUAACACAAUCCUGUGUUACAAGAAAUUAAACGGAGCAGCACUAAAAUCUAUUUAUUAGUCUGUUUUUAAUUAAACUUUACAUAAAAACA